AUGGACCCGGUGGCUGGUCCGCCGAGUCCGGGCCGUCAGGAGCAGCAGGGAGCAGCGGACCGUAGCCGGUCCCCCCACAUCCCGAUCGCGGACGAGGCGGCCGACUUGAGCGCCGACUUCGCCCGGGAGCUGAGCAGGAUCAUCGAGAACGUCGACGAGGAGAGGAUCCACGAGAGGAUGGAGGAGUUCGAAGUGGAAGCAAGACGCAGUCGUUGGGAGGCAGAGGAGACAGUUGCACGACGACUGCGAGAGCGUUACGCAGCCGAGGCGGUUGUCGAGAGCAGCGUGAGGGACGAGGCAAUUCAGGCGGCGGAGCACAGCGCGAGACACGGGAUGCAGGCGAUCCGGGCCGAGGCGCAAGAGCGCGAACGGCUAAGGGACCAGCAGCUCUUCGCGGAGCUCCGCCAGCGCGUCGAGAUCGUAGAGCACGAGGCGGCCCAGAACCAGGAUGUUCGAUGGAGGCAGGUGGUCGAGGGCAUUGCGGAAGAAUGCCGCGACCGCUGCCGAGCAGAGCUUCACGGUGAACUCGGCGUACAACAGCAGCAGUUCCUCUUGACCGAGGAAGGGGUCGAGCGGCAGGUCGCCGCGAGGUUCCGCGAGCUCGAGGCGAACGCCGAGCGCCGCGUGCGCUUGACCGAAGAGGGCUUGCGAAACGAGUGCGUCCACCUCGAAGGGCGCAAUGACGUGCUGGAGCUGCGCGCCCACACCCGCGCGGCUGAGGCCGCCCGCGUGCAGGCCGUCGCCACGGCCCGCCAGCAGAUCGCUGUGGAGGCGCGGGAGAAGCUGUUCCUCGACGAGCAGUCUGUCUUCGAGGAGCGGAUCGACAUGCUGCGAGAGCAUGUCCACGAGGAGUCCGAGGAGGCGGCGGUGUGGCGAUGGCAGAGCGACUCCACCCACGAGCAGCUUCAGGAGAGCAACAGGUACUCUGAGGUGUUCAGCACGGAGGCCAAUGAGUACAUCCAGAAGUUGGGGAACGAGAUCAGCGACGCCUUCCAGCGCUGCGCGGAGGCGACCGCCAGGGCAACGAGGACAGAGGCACUGGCGGAAAGUGAGAUGCGGAAGGUGGCCGAGGUCAGGCGGGAGCUGGCUGUGGCUCAGAGAUCCGCGCAGCACGUCGGGAUGACGCCGGCGCCACCGCCGCGUGCGCCGAUCACCAUGCUGCCCCCGCUCGCCAAGAGAGUCGUCAACCCGUUGACGUCUUCGGGAUUCCGUAUCGGGGACGCGGCGAAUCGUAGUCGCGUAGACCCUACGGCAACAGCUCCGCUGGCCGCCGCACCGGCGAUGCCGUCAGCAGCGUCGCAGGGCACGGUGCCAAGUUCAGGCAUCGGGGCGAGCCCGCCAGCGCAGCACUGCAUUGCCAGCAGCGACAGCGAGGACGAGGACGAGGCCUUCAUGCGCCGCCGCACGACGGUGAAGGAGAUGAAGAUCGACCCCCUCACGAGUGCAGCUGGUCUCCGGAAGUGGACCAACGCUUUGAUGACAGAGUGUUGCCGUGUUUCGAAUCGCUCAAAGGUCAGGGCGAUGAAGUACGUGAAGAGCGCGUUCGAGGCCGGCCGCGUCGAGGACGUCGAGUACAUCCCCAAGAAAUGGGACCUCUUCGACACGGAGCUCUGCUCUGCGCUGAAGUCCGGCGCUUCCGGCGCCAUAGACCGCCAGCUGACGCUCUACCAGGAGAAGAACGCGCGCCUCGGCACGCCCACGUCCGGCAGGGCGGUCCUCUACAUGAUCCUCCGGCGCUUUGAGCUCGACCACGGCAAGGCGCACCGCGUCCACCUCACGGCGCUCAACGCCUUGAAGUACAAUGGGGAUCUCGAGGUGUAUUUGGACGCCCUGGACGCCAGGCUCGCCCUAAUGACAGUCGAGCCGGACGAGGCGCUGCUACUCGCGAUCGUCGAGCCUGAGCUCCGGAAGGUUCCAGACCUCGCUUUCGAGUUUGCUCAGUUCGACCGCGCCCUCGACGACGCCCCGGAGAAGACGCUGGAGUUCUUGUAUGAUUCGGCCAGGAGGGCGUGCGCGAGAGCUACGCAGAACAAAACCGUCGACGCCCUGACCCCGACGCCGAAGCAGGUGAAGCAGGUCAGGCAGGCGACCCCGAAGGGGAAGGCCAAGGCCGCGGCCAGGGAGCCAGCCAAGCUUGUACCUGAACACCCACAGGUCGCCUGCGGAUUUUGGAGGUCCGGGAGUUGCAAGUUCGGCGACAAUUGCAAGCACGUCCACUGGAAGGACAGCGUUCACACGCCUACCGCGGCCUGGCCAGCAGGGACCGCGGUCACCCUCGGGCGGCAGCCCGGCGACAGGUGCAAGUUUUUCGCCGACGGCAAGUGUUCCCACGGGGACAAGUGCAUCUACAAGCACGGCGACGGCGACAAGCGGGACCUCGCGGCGGUCUUGAAGGCGAAGCGCGAGGCUGACGCCAAGCAGAAGGGCAAGGGCGGCGGCAAGAAGCUGCACCUCUGCUCGUCGGAGAGCCUGUGGGGGACCUCCGAUAAGUGGGUGUUGGACACCGCGGCCAGCUUCGACGCCUCGGGGAAGGGCCUCCAGGGGGCUCACAAGGAUCUCCACGACCAGGUCGCGGUCGAGACCGGCGGAGGCAACGUCCACUGCGAUCGCGCCGUCGUCACGCACCUCAGCGAGAUCGGCGAGGACGUGGAGGCAACCGUGCUGGAGGAUGCGGACGAGACGGUCCGAGUGCUGACAGUUGGGCGCCGCUGUGCCCAGUUGGGCUUCGAGUUCACCUGGAAGCCUUUCGCUCCUGCUCCGGACGUUUUCCGGCCUGAUGGCCGGCGCGUCGACGUGAAGGUCGACCCCGAUUUCGUGCCGUACGUCGAGUCGCAGCCCAAGCCCCGCAGGGACCCAUCUGCAGGCAAGCGGCUGCUGGUCAACGUCGCUGUGGUCGACGACGACGCGCUGAUCGACGACGUCCUGCCUCUGGAGGCGGAUCCGCCCCAAGACGACGACGUGGAUCAGGAGGCGGACGAGCACGAGGAGGACGAGAAGGACGUGGAGCAGGAGGGCGGGGAGGAGAUCUCGCAGAUCGGCAUUGUUGACGAGGCCGUGGAACCUGGGCAAGACGACGCUGCUAGGCACGUUGCCCGGGUGCUGGAGGGAGGCAUCACGAGCUACGACGGCGACCUGAUGCAGGACGACAAAAUCUUCCUCCGGAUCCAGCUUGAGGACUCCGUCGACGACAUCGUGCUGCCCUGCGACACGUCGCGCCUCACGAAGGAGCACCUCACGUUGCACCAGCCGGCCAUGCCGAAGUACUGUCCCGGGUGCCGGGGAGGCAAGCACGCCAAGUGGCCUUCGCGGCGACGCCCGGUCAGCGGCGUGUGCGUUCGCUGCGCCGACGCGGACGAGAGGCCGUUCGGCGCGUGCGUGCACUUGGACCACAUCGUCAUGCAGCCGGGCUCGGAGGCCCCCCGAUCGGCGAAGUACAGCUUGAACAUGCUCGACCUGCGUACGAAGUUCGCCGGAGUCUUUCCGGCGAGCUCCAGGGACGCCGACACCAUCGUCGAGGCCCACCACACCUUCGACAACGCUGUGCCUGAGAUCCGCCGCUGGUGGAGCGACAAUGCCCCCGAACUUGCGGCUGCGAGCCGCAGGAUCCGCAGGAUGCGGCCGUUCGCGCACUAUCGGAGCAUCCCACGUGCGCCGCAGAGCAACGGAGUCAUCGAGCGAUUCAACCGCACUGUGGUCGAGGGGGCCCGGGCUUUGCUCCUCAUGGCCGCCUUUCCGGCGUCGUGGUGGGUGUGCGCGAUCUGUUAUUGGUGCAUGCAGUAUAACGGCCACUGCAGGGGGGCGGACGGGUUCACUCCGUACGAGCGCCGCUACACGACGUCCGCCGAGUACGAGCAGUACCCGUUCGGAGCGCUAGUAUUCGUCGCUGCUGCCCGGCGCGCCGGGGCCAAACCUUCGAAAUGGAGCCCCAGGAUGGUGCCGCAUGUGCUGGUCGGCAUCGGCUGCGGGCCAGGCUUCGCGUGGAACCGGACGUACGGCGUCGUCAAGCUAGAGCACCUCCUCAACAGCGACCGGCCGUCCCGAGCAGGCAUCAGGUACUCCGCGGAGGUCGACUUCCCAGACCGCAUCAUAUUCCCCAUCCGCCAGCGCCUCAAGCUCGCCGGAGCAUCCAAGGAUGCGAGCUUCCCAGCGCCAGCAGUGACUGGCGACAACGAGUCGUGGGCGUUGCAGCUGUCCGAGGUGAGCGAGGAGCCGGGCGACGAGGCCUACGACGGGGCCAUGGAGGAGAACGCCCCGAAGCUGGAGCCCGGCAACUUCGUCGAGUCCGUCGUGCUGGACCCCGAGGACUCGCAGGCGGCGGACGACCCGGAGCCAGAGGAGGAGGUGGUCGAGAGGAACGGCGGCGAGCAGGCCGCCACCGAACACGAGCCUAAGGACGAGCCUGCCGAGCUCGGCCGUGCGGAGUUGGAGGUUGAGGGGAAUCGUGCGCCCAAGGGCUGGAGGAUUGACACCUUCCCGCACGGGCACCAUACGAGGACGAUUUCGGUUCCGCCCUGGAGCCGGAGGCCGCCCACGGUCCUCCCCGAGGCAUGGCUCAUGUUCAAGAAAUCUCACCAGGAGAAGUUGCGCCAGGAGUGGAAGGAGAAGGGUCCCGUGGGCUUCGCCGCUCAAGAAGCUCGGAAGGCGGCAUAUGAACAUGCCAAGCGGACCAGGGGGAGCCUCCCGGCAAGUGCCGUGGACGCUGCACGCGAGGACGCUCGUGGACCCCCGGCUCCUGAAGUACCGGCUGUGGCCCAGCUCAUGUACGUGGGCAGGGAUCGGCCGAGCGCGACGCCCGAGAACGAGGCCGCGCAAGUUCAAGAUGUUCCUGCUGCUGCGACGGCCGGCGCGGUGGCCACGCGUCUGAGCCAAUCUGGACUGCAGGGCGACAUCUUGCGGACCGCUCGCACGAAAAUACAGAGCGGGCAGUUCAAGGUUGUUGUGGUGGAUAUAUCUACGGAGGAGGAUUCGAAUAUCGCGGAGCUCAUGCCGCAGCACGCCCUGACCGUCAGAGUCACGGAGGGCGACGAGCUGUGCAGGAAGGAGACCAUCAGGGCGCUGCACGGCAUCGUCCGGGCUUGCAGCCAGCUUGGCAUUCCGCUGCACGUCUGGGUCAGCACGGUGCGCACGCCAGGCGAACUCCCAGACCGCCCUGUUGUGGUCGCUGUUGGCCUUUGCCGCCACGUCGUCAAGCAGGGGGGCUACAUCUACUGGGGGUGGCCGCCGACGUCCUCCGUGUGGUUGCGCACCGACGUGCGGCAGCUGCUAGAGUACGCUGGAUCUGAUCCUCGUGACGUCUCGAUGGCUAGCCUCAGCGAGUCUGCCGUGGAGGGCCAGAGCGAAGACCCCAUCAAGCGCCGCACGAACGACCUCCUGCGUGUGUUCACGAACAGCGCGGGGCUCCUUAAGUUGCUCGAGCCGCACGCCCAGGUGCCGGAGAUGCCGCUGGAGUCGAUCGACGGCUGUCGCGACGAAAGUGUGGACCUCCGAGGGCCAUGCUCCCAGGAGCUCGCACGUCUGAUCUGGCAGUCCAUCUUGCCCAUCGCCGGGGGCCACGCCGACCACGACGACAUCGCGCAGAACGACGUCGGCAGGAAGACGCCUAAGUGGUCCGUGCUGGUCACCCGGAAGGUCCCGCUGAAGUCGGAGGAAGCAAAGUCGGCCAAGGCACGGGCUGCCAUAGACAAGGAGCUCUCUGGGCACCGUGCCCGGAAAACCUGGGAUGAGUCCACGGUGAGGGAAUACAAGGACCUCAUGCUCGACAACUCGAAGGCCGAGGUCAUGACGGGCCGCAUCUUCGGGAUCUUGGGCGAGACCAACGCCGAAGCGGAGCAUGAGGAGGAUAGGAGGAUGAAAUUUCGUGCAGUGUUCCAGGGAUCGAACAUCAGAACUAAAGCGGGGACGGCGGCGGUGAACUUGUACGAGGAGGUGAGCAACAGCCCGGCGUCUUUCGUCGCCAUUCGGUGCACCAUGGCGGCUCGCAUCAACGUGGACGGCAGGAUCGAGACGUGGGUUGAGAUACCCAGGGAGUGGUGGCCCGACUCGUGGUUCGAGGGGGGUGACAGGAGCAAGCCACUAUACGUUCGGCCCGUGUGCCUGCUCCUCCUAGCCUUGUACGGGCACCCGGAGGCAGGAGCCCUGUGGGAGAAGAAGCUCACCCAGGUAUUGCUCGGACUCGGAUGGCAUUCGGUGCCCUCUUGGCCGGGCGCGUUCGUCCAUGCCGACGGGAGCAUGCUGACCGUCUACGUCGACGACCUGCUCCUGGCGGCUCUGGGGUGCAAGGCCGACGCCCACUGGGAGGCGCUGUGCAAGCGCAUCGAGUUCAAGGACGAGCCGGCGCCGGUGAACAAGUUCAUUGGUGCGUACUACGCCCUCGACCCUUUCGAUCCGAAGCUCCCCGAUGCGCCUCGCACAGUCACGACGUCGAUGAUCGAUUACACCAGGGCGAUGGUAGAGCGCUUCUGCACCGACGCCGGCCUCAGGAUCACCAGGCCCGUGGACACGCCGUACAUCUCAGCCGAGUCCUGGGCGCAGGACUCCGAGGAGGCAGGGAGGUUUGCAGACGUCGCGGCGUCGCACUCUGCCUCGUCUCUCUUCUUGUGCCGUGUUGGGCGGCCCGACCUGGCUGCAGCCACGCAGCGUCUGUGUAGCGGAGUGUCGCGCUGGACCACUGUCCACGACCUAGCGUUCAUCCGUGUCAUGACGUAUGCUGCUUGCACCUCCACGCACGUCCUCAAGGGCACGCUUGCCCCGGCCGACGUGGACGAUCUGUUGCUGCUGACGUACUCUGACGCCGAUUGGAACGGCGACCCGAUGACCAGCAAGUCCGUGACCGGAUGGUGGAUUGAGCUGUUCUCGCCGGCCUCUGGCCGUAGCUUCCCAUUGUCUUGGGGAUGUUCGCAGCAGUCGUCUACUGGAGGAUCCACCGCGGAGACUGAGACAGUCGCAUUCUCCCAUGUCGUGCGGCGCGAGGCCAUACCUAUCCAGAUGCUCCUGGACGAGGUCCUCCCACGCAGGAUUGGGAUAGCGUGCAGGGUCGACAACAUGCAGACGAUCCAAGCCGUGACCAAAGGAUAUUCGAAGCGGCUGCGCCACCUGCCGCGCACGCAGCGCGUCUGCGUCGGCAUGCUGCACGAGAUGUUGAACGACCGGGGCCUCCAGCUGAGCAUAGAGCACUGCCCCACCUUGCAGAUGAAGGCCGACCUCUUCACCAAGGUCCUGAAUGGCCCGAAGUUCCGAGCAGCGCUGGAGAUGAUCCACAUGAUGCCACAGGCUUGA